AUGUCCCUUCUACCAGGUCAAGAUGUCCAAGUCAUGUUUGUCAUUGCCCUCGUUUACGGUUUAUAUCUGUCGACUCUUUUCCAUUGCCUGCGAUGGCUCAUCUUCACGGACGAAGGUUGGAGGGUUCGGUCACGAAUCAGUUGGACCCUGGUCACUAUUACCAUUGCAAUAUGCACAUUCUCGACUAUCUCAAAGGUGCUUCAGCUCAUUAGUGCAGUGAAAGUGGUCGACGACGCAAAUAAAACUUCUGCUUCCACCUCACAAGAGUAUACAGGUUCCACAAAACUUCUGUGGAUGUCAGUGGUUAUUUGUACAAAUUCAAAUAUGACUACCCUCCUAGCAGACUCUGUCUUAAUAUACCGUUGUUGGAUUAUUUACAAUAAUUCCAAGCGUGUCAUUGUGUUCCCAGUAUUCUUUUGGCUUGGAGGCCUAAUGCUUACCGUACUACAAGCAUAUUGGCAGAUAGUUCAAAGUGCCUCCAUAUCUGGCGCAUGGCAGCCGGUAAAUAUGCAGGUUGGACCUGGUACAAUCUUGACCCCAUUUUGGGCGUCAACAAUUAUUUUGAACAGUUACGCAACAUUUAUGAUUGUGCGAAAAAUUUCAUCUGUUUCCAAACGGACCGAUGCCACCAGCACGUCCGACAGCGCACUUAGCUUCGCAAUGCGUGUGUUGAUAGAAUCAGGCGUCAUAUACCUCGCCACAGCUAUCGCGCAUUUUGUUGUAUGGUGGACCCCGAAUGCUUUUGCCAUUGCCAUUAUAUCAGAUAUGAACCUCGGUGUUACGGGGAUCGCCUUCAACUUGAUUUUAAUCCGCGUGGCCCAGCGUCGAGUGGAAGAAAAAAAAGCUUCCAAUGAUCUUGGCCAAAUCGGGGCCAUAUCCUCCAUUCGCUUCACUCAGAGUAUCGGUGAAAGCAAACAAACUGACACUUUAGAGCGCACGCCGACUAUUGAUAUAGAGUCUGUUAACAAUUACUUCGAUCAAUCAUCCAUAAUCAUGGCGACUCCGGACGAGAAGUACGAGCUUAUCACCCGUAGACUGCAGGAAGUUUUGGGUGCAGACAUCAUCAAAGGCAUUCUCGCUGAAGGACGGCAGCCAAAAUGUUACUGGGGCGCGUAUUACAUUUUAAAUGCACAUCCAAGUUCUAACCUAACAUACAGGAACUGCACCGACUGGAAGACCACAUAUUGGAUACUUUGUUCCAUUGACGAAGAUCGCAGAUUUCUUGCGAGCAGGAGUAGACGUCACUAUUCUGCUGGCAGGCUAGUAGUAUGUUUCCAGACCCAACAUAUUCUCAUUGAUUUCACAGAUAUCCAUGCCUUCCUCGAUAACAUGAAGGCGCCUCUGGAACUCGUAGCGCAUCGAACAAAGUACUACGAGUUCCUCCUCCGCACUGUCUUCAAGUCGCUUGGAAUCCCUACUUCUACCUUACGUUUCGUAGAGGGAUCUUCUUACCAGCUCACCAGGGAGUACAACAUGGAUAACUACAGGCUUUGCGCAUCCGUCACUGAGCACGAUGCCAAAAAGGCUGGUGCAGAGGUCGUAAAACAGGUGGACAGCGCACUUCUCAGUGGACUUUUAUACCCCGGAUUGCAGGCGCUGGAUGAGCAAUACCUUGGUGUCGAUUUCCAAUUUGGUGGUGUAGAUCAACGCAAGAUCUUCACAUUCGCCGAGCUCUACCUCCCCCGCCUUGGGUACGCCAAACGAGCCCAUCUCAUGAACGCCAUGGUUCCAGGUCUUGCCGGUGGAAAGAUGUCCGCAUCGGAUCCCAAUUCCAAAAUCGACUUCCUCGAUACUGCAGAAACCAUUCGCAAGAAGCUGAAGGCUGCCUUCUGCGAAGAGGGUACGGUCGAGGGAAACGGUGUUCUUGCCUUCGUCAACGCUGUCUUGAUACCCAUUAGCCAGCUCCGUCUGGAACGCAAGGCAGCGCUUGCUGCGGGCACCGGAACCCUGCUCGAGGAAGGACUUGGUGAUCAGAGACCAUUCAUCACAGACGACGCGCCAGAAGGGACUGUGUUUAGCGUUGAGAGGGAUGAAAAAUUCGGAGGAAAUACACACUAUGCCUCUUUCAAAGAAAUCGAAGACGAUUUCGCUUCCAAGAACCUGCAUCCAGGUGAUUUGAAGAAGGCCGUUGCGAAUGGGAUUGUGCGCCUGCUUGAGCCAAUCCGCAAGGCAUUCGAAGAGAACGAGGAGUGGCAAAAGAUUGAAAAACUGGCAUACCCCGAUCCCAACGCAAAGGAUAAAAAGAAGAAAAAGGAAAAGGUUUACCACCCGCCACCUCCCGGCAAGGGCAAAAAUGCGAAACCGACCACGGAAACCCCUGUAGAGACGGAGGCCGCGUCGAUCCCUUCGGCAGGAGAAGUUGCACACGCAGAUGCUGAGGCGGCAAAACAGGUUCCUGUUUCCAGUACUUCAUAG